AGGAAAUAGUAGUUGGGAUACCGGGAAAGCCUGGUUGCCUUGGUGAUAACGGAUAACCGACUAUACUCGGUGUCCUUGAGCAAGGUGCUGUGGUCCUUGGUUUGAGUACUGAUGUUUGACUUAUAUGGUGACCCUCAAGAUUUACAGAUUUGCUGAGGGUCUGGAAUACUGAGGUGGAAGGCACCUUUUUAGAGGAAAGGUAUACUUCCUUUCCGUGACGCAUCCCUUACACAAAAAGAUGAAAGCGUACAAACGCUCAGUCAACUAAAGAACUCCCGCGCUUCCCCCACCUUAACUCCAGGAUCAUGGAUCUGCCCGCCCCGCUCUCCCGAAGCUAUUCGGGCAGUGUCCGGACUGCUCGGAGGGGGCUAGAAUCCGGCGUCAGCCUCUUCACCAACAUCGCCCGGCCUGACGCACGCGGGCUGUCAGGGGAGGGGAAACGGGGAAGCUUCUGCACAUAGCUCGCCGUCUGGGCACCGGGGAGGAGAUGUCCUGCCAGGGUCCAGUGUCCGACUGGACGGAAUGCAGCUCUUCCGCAGAGCCGCCUGCAGUGGCCAGGACCGAGGGUGGCAGCGGCGGAUCAGCUGAACAUUCUUAUUACCAGAGUUCCAAAGGUACUGAUAGAAUCAAAGAUGGACACAAAGUGAACUCACAUGUAGUCAAGCUGCAAGAGUUAUGGAAAACUCCUCAAAUUCAAACAGUUCACAUCCCUAAAUCAAUGACUGAGGAGUCAUUUCUAAAGCAUUCCGACCUCACCAUAGGCCAGAAGCGUUACCUGUGCAGCAUUGCUAAGAUCUAUAAUGCAAAUUAUCUGAGGACGUUAAUGAAGAGGCAGUAUAUGCAUGUGAUCCAGCGCAGCUCACAAAAGCCAGGUGUCCUAACUCAUCACAGGAGCCACCUCAGCUCUCGUCACUCAGAGAAACAGCAUUUCCCUUGCACUACUUGGCGACAUCAACUGGAGAGAGAGGACUCAGGGCCUUCUAACACCACAGCUGCAUCUGCACCUGAGAUGAUCAUACCGCAUUCCCUUUGGCGACCAGUUAGAAACAGAGAAGGUUUAAAAACUGGAUAUGCAUCUAAAACAAGAUGUAAGUCACUGAAGAUUUUUAAAAAACCAGGCAGACUGUUAAUGCAAUCAGUUUCUACAAGUGAUUCUGAAUCUUACAUGAAUGAAGAAAAAAAGGAAGAAGAUUUACUAAAUAAGUACUUGCAAUCAAUGUCAAUUGAAGAACAGGGAGAACAUCUGAUGUUAACUUGACAAUCCUGUCUUGUGUAUUGAUGUGCCAAAAGGGGGGAGAAGGGGUUGUGAAUUGUCUUCUCUAUACAUUUAGGAUAAUACUGUUAUUCACCUUUAAGUCAUUAAGUAAUUUUGGUUUGUUCAGAAACUUUUACAACAGUGUAAUUGGUGUGAUGUCGUUCUGUCUACCAAUGAUAUCUGUGUAAUAAAAUUUACGUGAAAUACAUUUCUAGCUAGGUAACAAUUAAAAUUUUCCUCAUCACCUAAAA